GCAAAUUUCUCUCCUAGGAGCAACUCAAGAUAUUUUGGUGUGGGCCGUGGUGGCAUGACGAGUUCCAUGAGACCUCGAGGGGUCCAGUCGGACAACAUGCUUCAACGUCGCACGCUUCUCAACUCACACAGUCUCGACACUAGUACCAUGAAUCGUAUCGGAGACAACGGCUCAACUACUCUUCGUAGGAAAUCAUUGAAAGAUAUUGUUCAGCAUUUCACUCCAGCAUGGUUUGCUGUCACCAUGGGGACUGGCUCAAUCGCCAUACUUUUCAAUAACUUUCCUUAUGCAAGUGAUUCCCCGGUAAUGCGAGGGUUUGCACUCGGCUUUUUCUUCCUCAAUCUUGUGCUCUUUCUGCUAUUCAGCGUCAUCACUGCAGCUCGAUACAUUUUCUUCCCUGGCAUCUGGUUUCACAUGAUACGGCAUCCUGUACAGAGCUUGUACAUUGGCACGUUUCCGAUGGGCGCGACUACAUUAAUAAACAUUGCCAGUGGCGAUAUAUUCCAGACAUAUGGUUUCGGUGGGAAGCCGUUUAUCUACACGGUGUGGGCAUGUUGGUGGAUCAACGUUGCGAUUUCAAUGGCAUGUUGCUUUGGCAUGAUACACGUUAUGAUUGCUUUCCAACAACAUUCACUCAAGUCCAUGACGACUGUUUGGCUUCUUCCCAUCAUAACUCUCGUCGUCGGAUCUUCCUCUGGAGGCGUACUUGUGCCAGCGCUUCAGGUCUAUUCUCCCUCGUAUGCGUUGCUAACGGCGACAUUCUCCGCGUGUAUGGUUACAAUAGGUCUUACCCUUUCCCUUAUGCUACUCACGAUAUACAUCCUUCGGCUGGUCGUAUACGGUUACCCCACGGGUGCAUCAAUCCUGUCCGUCUUUCUUCCUAUCGGUCCUUGUGGACAGGCAGCAUAUUCACUUUUAAACUUGGGGUCUUCUUUCCGUUCACUAUUACCUCUAAAUUAUGGUGAUGCCGGCGGAUUAUUGAGGCAAUCUGGAACCGGAGAAGUAGUGGAGGUGAUAUGCAUGGUUGGUGCUAUGGUUCUGUGGUCACUGGCGAGUAUGUGGAUACUCUUUGCGAUGCUCGGUCUCGCCUACACCCUCCGUCGGGAACGCAUUGAAUUCCGAUUGUCAUUCUGGGGAACUGUAUUUCCUAACGGAGUAUACGCAAAUCUUAACUUGGCCUUGGCGACAACAUUUUCGUCGACGUUCUUUCGUGUGUGGGGUUCGAUAUAUUCGGUGGGGACCCUGAUAUUGUGGGUGUGUAUUGCCUUACCUACAAUACGGAUGGUCCCAAGCGGUCGUAUAUUUGAAGCUCCGUGUCUGGAAGAGGUCGCAAUGGGGGGACCAACGAGGGAUGCGGAGAGAAGUGCAGACGAUUUGAAAAACUGAACAAGAUAUCGGAGAUAUUUUUUUUAAUCCUUGUUUAUCCGGUGGGGCUGGGCCCUAUGCUGGACAAUACCUACAAUGUUAUCGGAGGUUUUUUUUAAUCCUUGUUUAUUGUCCGGUGGGGCUGGGCCCUAUGCUGGACAAUACCUACAGUACUAUGUUACCGGAGAUAUUUAUGUAGUACCGUUCAGACUUCCUUACAUGCAAUUUCUGAGGCGAGGCAUCUCGCAGGUCUACCUGUC